CAAAUGAAUUGUGCUUAAAACUAAGCAGACGAAAAUUUUGUGGGCAAUAUUUAGUUCUUGUCAUUGCAGAAUUUUACUAUUAAACCUAAUUUCGGUACAGCUGUCGAUAUUGUGAUUUCACCAUCUCAUUCUUUCCGCUGUGUUUAAGUUCAAUGAUAUGAGAUACAAUGUUAUUAUUUUAUGCUUUUAUCGUAAACGGGGAAAAGAUAAUUAUAAAUAAAAGGUGUAUAUGGUUCAAGAAUAACCUGUAUUUUCUUUGAUCCGUCAGAAAUUUCUAUUAAGAAUUUUGUGGAAAAGAAGCUUUGCCUAAAGUUUUUAAUGACAAGUUGUAUAAAAAGCUAUUUAAUCAAUUUUUAUUUUUGAAAAAUCGCUGUUAAGGUUAUGGUGCAUGAUGGUUAAGCUUGCAUGAUGAGGAAAGGGAGUAAGACUACAAACUUUAAAUAUGUUUUUCUUCGAACAAUAGUUUUGAAGAUUUGCAAUCUGGACAUUGGGCCUUUGAUAUUGUUUAGGUAAUUCUGACUACUGCAUAAAGCAUGGGGAAUAGAGUAAGUUCGAUACAUCAACCAACAGUCAUGACAGAUGCAUUUUUAGAAGAGGAAAUUGUUAAUCAUGUAGCUCAAGAUGAGGAUCUGGAUGUCUCAGAAUUACACAGGCUUGUGAAAAUAGACGGUCUUCAUCCAAGCUUUGUACUGUCUUUGAAUUUUGAAAAUUAUAGUCUAAUCAAUAUUGCUGAUUUAUGGAAAUUUACGUAUCUAAAAAAGCUAGAAAUGCCAAAUAAUCUUAUUGAGAAUAUUGAAGGACUUGCAGCUUUGAGCCAUCUGGAAUAUUUAGAUCUGUCCUUCAACUAUAUUAAAUUCAUCUCUGGCUUAGAAGGCCUAUCUAAUCUUAAGCAUCUGAAUUUGAGUUCUAAUGAAAUAUGGUUAUUGGAAAAUAUGGAACAUUUAAAAAAGCUUGAAAUGUUUGUAAUCAGACAUAAUAAAAUGACAUCUUUUAAUAACAUUCGUUAUAUAACACAAUUUGAUAAUCUGUACAGCCUGGGUAUUAGCGGCAAUCCUUUGAGUCAAAAUGCUGAAAUCAGACUGCAAAUUUUGGUUCUUUUGCCACAGCUGAGAUAUCUAGACUUCAGCAUGGUUACUGAAAAAGAAUUAAGAGAAGCAUUUGAAAAGUACCCGCUCAAACUUAAAGCUAAUGAUGUUGAUUUGUUCAUGUUGAAAGAAACUGAAAAAACAUUUCCAUCUCUGUGUAAUAAACAAAUUUCCAAUAAGGAAGCUUUUAUAGAUGGGCUAGGAAAUGGCCGUGGCCUUGAAACUUUGUUGGCUUGUGACAAAAAUUUUCAGUUACUUCAUUCCUUCCCUCUUGCCUCCAGUGUCACUAAGUAUCAUUGUUCUUAUAUUAAUACCGCAUUUGAUGAAUGGCAUCAGCAUGGCUAUGAGUUUUAUGAGAAAAUGCAGCAAGAAAAAUUGGAAUUAAUAAAAAUGGUCAAAGAAGUUCAUGAAUAUGUGUUGAAUAUUGCACGAGAAGAUGAAUCCAGAUUUAUUACAUUGAGAGAACAGAUACCAUGCAAACUUUGCCUUAUUUACCAGAAGUUCCAUUCUAGUGAAGAAAAAGAUCGAAAAGUUGAAGAACUCAAGGAAGAAUAUAAAAUUAAACUUCUAAAUACUCACAGAAAUUUUAUGCUUUCGCUGUGUUUGUGUGCAGAUCUUAUACUUAAUAUGUGCAAAAUUUUCAGUCAUGAAAUGGAUCUCUUAAAAGACAAAUAUAUGGAGGCUGUUAGAAUCUGUUAUCAAAAAAUUGUAGAUGCCGAUAAACUAUAUGCAGCAAAGUUAUCUGAAUUUUACUCUGAAAUUAUUGAUACUGGAUUGAAUGUUGACGCUGAGAUUAAAAAUGAUGAGGGGGAGCCUGUUGAAUUAGAUCCUAUACUUCAACGGCUUCUCAAAGGAAAAGAUCUGAUAGACACAGUUUUGCACUUGGGUGUUUCAAUUCAUACUUCUGUUUUGCAUCUGCGAAUUGAGAGAUUGAAGGAAUCACUUCAGAACUAUAAAGACAAAGCAUUGGAAGAUAUUCUUGAGAAUGAAGUCAUUUCAAAGCAAGGUGAACGAGUGAGGCAUAUUGUCAUCUUUUGUAACAAGCAAAAAAUAUUUAUUGAGAAACUAUUUGCCAAGAACAGUACUUUCAGGCAUCAUCUAGGAUAUAAAUAAAUAGUUAAAUUUGAUGACUUCAUGCUAAAUAAAAAUUACAUGACAAAAAAGGAAGUAUCUACUACUUCUCCUUAAUAAAUACCAAAAUUAAUUGAAUUGUUAAAUAUACGUAUUUAUUUAAUAAAAGAUAAUAAAUGUUUAAAAGGGUAUUGGUAUAAUGCAGAGUAUUCCAAAAGGACUACAGAACUUGAUAACUAAUUAUCUAUUUAAUGGUUCAUCUAGAUCAGCGAUUCUCAACAGAUGGCACACAAGAAAAAAUUACGUGGUACUCAAAAAAACAAAAUAUUUUCAAGUAUUAAAUUCAAAAAUUAAAUACCCAACACUCUGUUAAGGUUUUUUCUGCAACACUUGUAAAUUUAUGUGAUCUCAACUUUGUUUAAGGCCAAUAGCCGCUCAUAGACUUUAGCAAAAUAAUUGGUUUUUAUUUUCACAAAUAUUAUUUUAGCCAUAGACAUAAAAAAAAAAGUUGUUCAUAAAUGAUGAUUUUAAAAGGAAUACUAGAAAUGCAGUUUGUAUUUACUAGGAAAUAAAAAUAAGUUCUUAUGGUAAUAGUAUCUCAUUAAUUCUUUUGGUUAAUCCAUUUAUUAGCAUGUUGUCACCAUUUCUGGGCUCAUAUUGCUCCAUUUUCAAUAAGAAUAAUUUUUACUUCCUUAUACGAAGUAAAAAGGAAGUAUUGUAAUCACAAAAAAUUUCGCAUAUCAUAUUUCAAUGAAAAUAUCCAUCGUGACCACUAUCAAAAGCAAUUUAACAA